AGCCAAAAAGCGGCCAACCUAUAAAUACAGGUUCCAUGGCGAAUACUGAGUUUAGUUGCAUUUUCAACACUCGAGAAAAUGCUCAAGCUUAUUCCAAUACUGGCCUUGGCGAUCGCCGCCGCCAGGUCUGACCCGGCCAGGCCAAUCAUCACGACCCGUGGAGGUCAAAUUCAGGGUGUAACAUCCAGCUGCGGCCUGUUUUGCAGCUACUUCUCGUUCAUGGGCAUCCCAUAUGGUGAACCACCAGUUGACGAGCUCCGGUUUCGAAACACCGUACCACACAGAGGCUGGGAAGGAAUCAAGGAUGGUGGCGAACACCGUGCAUCGUGUCCUUCUGGUGCUCUGGUCGGCGAUGGUUAUGACGGAGAUGAAGAUUGUUUGUACUUGAACGUCUACACGCAAAAUAUUAUCGGUUCACGACCAGUCAUGGUGUGGAUUCACGGCGGAUCCUUUACCGGAGGCUCUGGAGACUCGUGGAUCUACGGCCCUGAUCAUCUCAUCCAAGAAAAUGUAGUAAUUGUUACUAUCAACUACCGAUUGGGAAUCUUAGGAUUUUUCAGCACUGGCGAUGAACACGCCCAAGGUAACUGGGGUAUGAAGGAUUGCGUUGAAGCUCUACGAUGGGUUCGCGAUAAUAUCGCUGCUUUUGGUGGAGAUCCUAACAAUGUAACUGUUUUUGGCGAAAGCGCUGGAGGUGCAGCUGCUCACUAUCUAGUUCUGUCUCCGAUGGCAACCGGCUUGUUCCACAAAGCUAUCAUACAAUCCGGAACUUCACUAUCUCCAUGGGCAUUCCAAUAUAACCCACGGGAAAUGUCACGCCACGUGGCUGAUACUUUCGGAUAUCCAACCAAUAACAAUGCUGAAUUGGUGCGUCUGCUGCGAUACACUCCCAAAGGAGAGUUUGUGAGGUUACAACAAGGAUGGACCGACAUUCCAAUUCCUCGAGGAUUCAAACCAUUUGAGUUUGUGCCUACAGCUGAACCUGCCAAUUCUCCUGAACCCACAUUCCUCACACAACGACCAAUCGAUUUGUUGAAUGCAGGAAACUUCAAUAAGAUGCCGAUGGUUUUCGGAUACACUGAUGCUGAGUCAUUGUUUAUGAUUCACGAACAUAGAAUUGAUUCGACUGUGUGGAACGAAUUCUCCCGAAAUCCACAAUUCUUUGUCCCACAUUACUGGCGUAUCACACCAGGUACCGCUGCAUCGAAUGGCGUUAGUCAAGGAUUCCGUGAUUUCUAUUGGCAAGACCGUCCUCUUGGACCAGACAUUAUGCUCGAGUGGACCAGAUUCCACACGGAUCAACAGUUCAUAUAUCCUAUCGACAAAACAAUUCGACUCACCGCACAACACAAUACUUCUCCAACCUUCUACUAUCAGUUCAGCUUCGAUGGCGACCUUAAUUUGGUGAAACGCCUGAUUCUACUUAGCGACUGGCCAGGUGCAGUUCACGCAGACGAACUGCCUUAUAUGUGGUCUAUGACUAAUCUUCCCAUCACUCCAAUUUUACCUGGCAACCCGGCAUUGACGGUUCGUAACCGUAUGGUGCGUUUGUGGACCAACUUUGCUCUUCACAGUAAUCCGACGCCAAAUUCGGACAGCAAUUUGCAGAACGUUAUUUGGGCCCCGAUCCAAAAUCAAAACAUGGCUUUCCUUGAUAUUAAUGCAAACUUGGUUGCGGGUCAUUAUCCAAACACGGCCCGUCUGAACACCUGGUACGAUCUGGAGAGCCGUUAUGCCAACGGCCCAUUCGAGUACCCUAUGACGUAAAUUAAGUAAUUUGUGUGUGAAUAUAUAGAUAUUAAGGAAAUUUUAUUUUAAGCUUUAAA